CCACUUUCUACUCCAGCAAUUCUUUUUAAACCUCCUUAGUUUGCUACCAUGUCGGAGCAGCCGGAGGAGACCGAAAGUCCGGUGACGGAUUCUGGAAAUCAUGACAACGCCGCGGAGGACAACGCAUCGGAAGCUUGUGCGUCCCCCGAGAAAACCGAAGUCCGAAAAGACCGGGGCGACUCGGUCGGAUCCAAUAGCACCGAUAAGAAAAAGAUCGAUGUCCUCCUGAAGGCGACCGGCGACGCGCCAAUCAUGCUGAAAAGAAAAUGGGCCGUUUCGCCGACGUCGAAAGUGAUGGAUAUCGUGGACUUCAUCAGGAGAUACUUGAAACUCGACCAAUCGGAGUCCCUGUUCCUGUACAUAAACCAAGCGUUUGCUCCCUCCUUGGACCAAGAGAUCAGCAACCUUUACGAGUGUUUUGGUUCCAAUGGAAAGCUUACCCUUCACUACGCAAAAACGCAUGCCUGGGGUUGAAGCCAAAAACUUUCAUUAACGUUCUUGUAAAUAGUGUGGAAUAAAUGUUACA